CUUCGAGGUGCGAGAGGGGAUACAUUUCCUCAGUAUAUCGUUGCAGGAUAUUAUUUGUACUUUAAAACAUUUUAUUUAUUUCCAACUUCACACGAAGUAUACCGGACGUUACUUGAAACCCAUGAAAAGCACUGUCAACAGGUCGUUAGUUUGCUGAUUUCCGGAGCUGCUGUAAGGUUUCUAAUACUUCUUCAGGAAAUACUUGAUCGUCAAACUCUACAGUCUUCGCUGUUUUUUCUAGUUUUGUGGAAGAAUCCGGAAGAAAUGUACAAUAGAGACGUCACCUCAAUUAACCACUAAGAUGAAAUCUGUUUUCAAAUCCGACAAUACCAACUCAUUGGAGCCUGCCAUUAGUUCAUUCUUCUCUGGUAUUCAGAAAGGAGGGGAAGCAACAGAUAACCUAUUGUCGACCACCAGUAAAGAAGAAGAUGUACUAAAAUCGUUAUCUCUGAAAGCUGUGAAGCAUGAACUGGAUACCAAAGUUGAGGGUGGUUUCUCCGUCAUAAUUUCUCUACUGGAUGGCACAACUCUACACGUCACAAGUUCUGUUACCGAAGCUUUGGGAUAUCCAGAGGACUUCCUGGUCGGACAAUGUCUUACCAACUUCAUCCAUCCCCGAGAUCGGGUCACUUUUCUCAGUCACUUGACCGAAGGACUUAAUGUUCGCUUUGUCAAAGAAAACAAAGGUCAAUUUGGGAAUCAAGGUCAAGCUACGUUUUACUGCCGAAUUAGACAGUACAAUAGUCUUAAGAUGGGGUUUGAGAUCUCAAACAAGAAACCACAGUACAAACCUUUCAGCUUCACUUUUCACCUGAAAGACUUGGUGAAUGAUGACACCAGUGUUGAGGAGAGCAAUCAUAGUAGUUGUUUGAUAGCCACGAUUGUUCCUAUUUGCUCAGCAUACAAAGUUCCAGAAGAGGUUCCUGCUAUGACAACAUUUUCCACUCGCCAUACUUCUUCUUGUCACUUCAGUCAUAUUGAUGAGAGGGCUGUACCUUUUAUUGGUUACCUUCCUCAGGAUAUUAUUGGCAAAUCUGUUUUUGAAUUUUACCACUCUCAAGAUCUACCACAGUUAAGAGAUGUCUAUGAAUUAGUGAUAAAAGAACAAGGCCAUUCAUUCUGGAGUAAACCAUAUCGUUUCCGAGUCCUCAAUGGUUGUUUUAUCAUACUGGAGACAGAAUGGUCCUGUUUCAUCAAUCCCUGGUCCCGAAAACUGGAGUUUGUUAUCGCUAAUCACCGAGUUCUGAAAGGUCCUGAAGAUCCUGAUGUAUUUGGUGAAAAUUUUCGUGAGGAAGUAGCAUCUUCAGAAGAUGGAAUGAAAGAGAGUCAGAAAAUUCAAGAUGACAUAAGACACAUUCUAUCUCAGACUGUGAAGAGUUAUCUUGAUUACCCCAGCAAAAGUUAUGGGAGGAAAAGAAGACAAUCAUUGGCAUCUCUUGUCACAGGACUUGUAGAUGGAAUGGAAAAAACAAAGACGGAAGGUGUGUGUGGGGAUAAGGAAGAUCCAAGGGAAGAUUGCAGUUGUUCAGACCAUGGCUAUGUGGUAAUGGGGGAAGUGUCUCCGCAUCAAGAAACAAAUGAAUCAGACCCUUCUACUGAAACACCUCCAUCUUUAGAGGACAACUGGUUUGAAGAAAACAUUGAAAGAUUCUUUGCUAGUCAACCAAAAACUUACUCUGAUGGAUCAGGAGAAAGUAAAGGUGAAGAAAAACAAACAUCAGGUAGAACCACUGAUGAAGAAAAUGGAAAGAACUAUGGUUCAUCUGAAAACCAAAGUAAAUCUUCGAUUUCACACAAAUCAACAGUUGGGUAUGGAAUUACAGAUUAUGAAAGUAGUUCUUCUUCUAAGCGGAAAAUGUCAUCCAUUAUCACAAGAGACUCUGGUGUUGGAACCCUCUCUUCUGUACAAAGCAGCACAGAGCAAAAGAUGGAUAAUAGUUUUGAAGACUCUGAAAGAAAGGAAGUUACAUCCCCAAGAAAAGAACAAAAGAUUUCCAACCAGUGCAGGUACCUUACAGCUCAUGCAUUGUCUCAACACAAUCGAAGGGGUCAUAAACUCCUUAAGCAGCGUAAAGACAGGCAUGUUGCUAGUGCUAAUUCAGCAGCUCGUAAAGAGGCAUGCAGGCCAAAAGAGAAUAGCAAGCUGUUUUCCAAAGCAAAGUACUUGAAGACAACACGUCACCAAAAGUCUGACAUUAAGCCAAUGUUGAACACCUGCACACAAACUGAUCAGAUGCUGAAUAACAUGAUGCCUGUUGCAUUUAAUUUGAACCCUCCUUUUUCAUUAACCUCACUGUCUUCGGUAUCUCAAAACACACUGAUUACAACAACAGCCAGUACCAGUUCAACAUCUGUCACAUCCAGUUCUGCCGUUCCACCUGUUUAUACAUCAACACCAGCCAAUAUGAGCCAUCCCUUUAUUCCAUAUUUUUCUCAACCAGCUUCUUCAAGUGGAAUGUCUAACCCUUUCUAUUUCCCAGCUAUGAUCUGUUUCAAUGCCUUUCCUUAUUAUGCACCUCAUCCUUCUCAGUCAACAUCAAUGUGGCCAUUUACACCCAUGUCUAGUGUAAAUACUACAGCAUCAGAUGGUGAUGGUGCUAAGAUACCAUCUCCAGAAAAUAUCCAACAACUUACUCCAUCUGUAGUAACAGAGGGCAUUGCUGUCAGUAACCAGUAUAGUGAAACUGCUGGGAAAAAGUUAGCAGGAACACUGUUAAAUGUAGACCUAAAGUUUGAACUAUCACACAACAGACAGGCUAUUUCGAAAGGAAAUCAGUGUGAAGUACAAAAACAAAAGGUAAAGAAAAAUUCAUCUACAGGGCCCAAGAUACGACUUAAAAAAGUAGCCAAACAAAGCUUAGAAGGAGAUUCUUCCACAAGUGGUAACAAAGAUGAUUUGUCUCUUUCUUAUUGUGAGCCAAAGGAAGUCAAUUCUUCAUAUUUUGAUAAAUUUGAGCCAGAGAGAACAAAGAAACCAAAUCGAGUAAUCAGAAAAGAUCCACCAUGGCUUGAACGUGUAUGUCUGAGUUCAGAAGUAAUGUACCGCUAUCAACUGCCAGAGAAACAGAUGGAAGAUGUCCUGAAAAAGGAUCUAAAAGCUCUUCUAGACUUGCAGCAACCAGACUUAGUCACCCAUCAAUUGGCUCAGCUUCAUUCACAGUUUGAACAAGAACAGACAAUAGAUGAUGCUGAUGCUACAAAAAUGAAAAGCCCUUAUGGCAGUAACUUGAGCUUUUCUGUCCUUGAAGAAGACCUUGAUGAGGAGGGAGAAAAGCAAGAAGAGGCAAUGCUUGAUUUUAUAUCUGGAGGAAUGUGAAUGGACCAAUGACAGAAAAUGAAUUUCAGAACAUUUACCACUGACCCCAUCAUAGGUCUGUCUUUCAAAGGCAUUAAAACCUAACUCAUGAGUGAAGUACUCAUUCCACAUGAAGCAACUCAGAUGAUGACACAAUAAUGCAGAUUUUUAAAUUAAAUGUUUUUGCUUUCUAACAAGUAAUUUUAUCACUUAAAACAUUUAUAUCCUUGCAAAUUACCAGUUAAUUAUAAGCUAUUACAACUGGUGUAACUGUAUUCUAAAGUAAAUUUGUAAAUAUAAGCUAUCUUUCUAAAAAUAUUUUCAUGUUGCAUAGAAUAAGAUGGUAGGCUUUUCUGUACAAGUUUAAGAGCAAACCCAGACUAGGUUCUGGAGGGGGGGGGGGGCAGUUCCAAGUAGCAUAUGACAAACAAACGUUAAUAUUUAAAAAUGAAUUAAUACAAUUUACUCAAGCCACCACAAUUUUAUAAGGACACUACAUUUGUAACAUCACCCAGUGAUAAAACACGACAUUACAUAAAUACUAAUGAAAUAAUUAUAUAUAUAUAUAUCCUGAAUUUGGUAUUAAGUCAUCAGAUUCUGAACAAAAUCAAUGGAUAGACUAACUCCAUUUACCUGUCUUCAAUAAGCUAUCAGACAGAUACAUCCUGGCCUUAUGCUUUCUAAGAAGUCUUGUAAAAUAGUUACUAUCCUGGCUGUAUUAUGGUGUAAGCUAAUGUGUCAGAUUGGAAGAAAUAAGCCAAGAGGAUGAUAUAUCCUACUCUCCCACCCUCCCAUAUCUGCCUCUGAUGUGGAACUGGAUUUCUAAUUAUGCAUGAAUCCAAAUCGAAAAGUGAAUUUAUUUUUAUUUUUACAGUCUUUUAACUAAAGACUGUAGUUGUAUAUUAAAACAUGUAUAUUGAUAAAGAAUUUAUAAAAUUAGUGCAUGUUCUAUGACAAUUACUAUUUUAUGCCUCUAAGCAAAUUAUUGGCUUCUAAACAGGGCCUAUUACUGGGUUGUUUAGCGUUUUCUAUCACUUGCUAUUAAGGAUAGCUCAAGUACCAUAAGCUAAAUUAAGGUUAAGGUAAAUUGCAUUUCAAGUUCUGAUUCAGAUUGUUUCCCACAUAGGCCUAAUUCACUUAAUUUCCAGCAAUGCAGAGGGAAAUAGAUGGUACUAGGAUAGCUGAAUAAUAUAAUUUUUUACACAUCUCUGAUUGACUUGGAGCAGAAUUUCUUUCAAACUUGGAUAAUAUCUUUUGUCAUUAAAAAAGACACUGCUGAAGGAAAUCAGUUUGACUCUAAAUUAAGUAAAGAAUAUUUUUCAAAUCAUUAAAAAUAUGUCUUUUGAACUUGUAUUAUGCUUUAAAGUGAAAGAUGUGGCAACUGAAAAAAUUUUAUAAUAAAAUUUCUAUAAAUAUCUUGGCUGAUUGUUUAAAAAUAAUUUUUAUUAUGCCUUAACAUAAAGAUAACUUUCCAGAUACACAAAAUUUCCACAACUUUUGAAGAUUUUCAUAAAGACAUGGAAUUACUAUUUAACAUUCUAUUUUAAUACUGUAUAGUAAAUUGAUAAAAAAAUUACUGUAUGGGGUGCUAGCUUGUUUUGAUAGAUUUAAAAAAGGUUACAUAAUUAAUCAGUUCAAUUGUUUGUGGACUCUGAAAUAUUACACUGAGGUAUACAAAGUCCAGGUCAGUUGAUAUAUUAUAUUUGUAAAUUAACUGAUGGUUGGAUUUGUCAAGUUUAUGGACUAAUCUUUUUGCAUAAGUUAAUGAAUGUCAUGAAUUCAAAUGCUGUUCAUUGAGUGUUGCUAAGUUUUAAUAUAAUUUCCUUUACUACUGUCAAAUGAGUAGUAUUUCAAACAAAAAGUAACCAUAUAGUAUUAUUAAGAUAAGAUAAAACCUGAUUUAGAAUUUAUGUCAAGUAUAAUUCUUAAUUUUGAUUUAAAAGUUCUGUUAGUGAUUAGGAAAUUGGUUUACCAAAGUACAUUUAAUCUACUAAAUUUAGAGAGGUUUGUGAUUUUAUAUUUAUUUUAAAAUGUAUCUCAUGUGUACAUGCUCUUUUUAUAUAUUCCAGUCUUUAUCAUCAGUAAAUAUCAGUUUGAAAGUGUAGGGAGUUCACAAAAGAAUUCUAACAUUAAAAGCAUUGAAGGUCAACAUAUCUGUAGAUGUGUUAUUGUGGCUGUGAUAUUAUAGUUACAGCUACUGCUGCUGCUGUCAAGGUUAGUCUUAAGAUUACCCUCACAAUCAGUUAUUUAUAGAUUUUCUUCUUUAUUCUGCAUUUUCAGGAUAAUAGUGAGUAAUCUCAUUAGAUAUCACUUAGAUUUAAGUACUGUUAAUUGUCCUUGCAUAUGAAUUUUAUAAGUAUAGAUGGAUUACAUGUGUGAAUUUUAGAUUUUAUGUCUCUAGAUAGAUUGUUAUAUACAUUUAAUGUGAAUUUCAUUAAUAUUAAAUAUAAGUAUAAUUCAGUACUUGUUCAGCAUUUAUUAAAAACAUAGAUAUUUGUUAGUAUAUACAAUGUAUCAGAUAGGCUUAAGAUACUUUACCUAAAGAUGUUCAACAUAUAAGUGUUGCAAGUGUAGAUGUACUUUCCCAUAUACUAUAUUUAAGAAGGACUAAGAGAUUAUUUUAUAAACAGACAGGUCAGAUCUAAAUAUGAUAAUGUUGAAAGUUGUAUUUUUAUUAAAAAUGACCAAUAACCACAAAUAAAAUAGUUUUUAUACUCAGCAUUUUACUUUUACAGAUACAUCAGAGAAUCAGCACUUAUUAGCCAUUUUUAAUGUACAUAAGGCUAAACAUGAACUAAAGUGUUGAAUGAAAAAUUAAUUUGUUGUCACUUAUAAUGCCAGUGAUGUCCUAUCAUCUAAUGAUAAAAGGUUUUUUUUAAGAUUUAUUUUUAAGUAAUUACUAGCGAGUAAUAUUUUUUUUAGAACAUUAAAUACAAUUUCUUGAUAUUUGAUUACAGAAGUAGAUAUCAGCAAGCUCUAAUCUGCACUCAGGAAUAAUAUUUCUGUUUUAGUAAAGGUUAACUAAUUUCCAAUAUCCUUUGUUAUAACAAACACAAGACUUUUGGAAAAAUUAUCCAAAUCUACAAGCAAUAAGUUGUUUGGUAUCUUAAAUUGGUGAAAAAUAUACAAAUUAAAUUGUCUUUUAUCAGUGUGAAAAAGAAAGAAGCUAAAUUGCUUUAGUAAAUACUUGUCCUGUGUAUUACCACACUAAAACUAGGUUGGCCAUAUUUAGAUACCAAUCUCUUAAAACCAAACUACUCAAUAUUAGACAAAUAGGUUAUCAUUGGAUUGCCUAAUUAUACUUUUUUUUUUAAGAGGUAUGCUUUGAAUUGGGUCUUUUUGAAAUGUAUUACUGUUUUCCAUAUACAUAUGAUAGAGAAUUAGAUAUUUCUUUACAUUCUUUGUAGAUGUAUAUGUACUUCACUGAUUCAUGAUAACUGUGUUAAAUUGUAAGUUAUAGACUUAAGGUAGGUAAAAUUUAUGUAAUUUUGUCACUAAAUUAAUGUGAACAGAAGAAAAAAUCCAGUUGGUCUUUAACUGAAAGGGAAUAGACAUUCAAUGAAAAUAAUUUCCUGAGGAGUGCCAUCUAAAAAACUUGACAAAAGACAUAAUGGAUGUUUGAAAAGUACUGUGGAAUGAUCUUAUUCAAACUUUGGGGUUGGAAGAAGAACUUAUAAACAUUAUACAGCAAGUUUUACAGGUACAUGCAUGAAGAUAUAGUGAUUUGAGCCUAAAGACUUGGAAGUAUAGCUGUUUGCCUUCAACUUGGUAAUCCAGCAGACAUCUUAAAAAAAGGUAACCUUGAUAUUCUACCUGAGAAACAGAAGCCAAAGUUUACUGGGUACAGAGAGUAGGUAUGCACCUACAUGGGUAUGUGUGUGUGUGUGUGUGUGUGUGCAUUUCACUAUUUUGGAUGAAGCAGGUUUUCAAGUAGUUCUUCAGUCACAAGUGAACGCAGCUGGAACAGGCAUUGAAGUGACAGAACUUGUGAAGUAUAAAGGUACUCAUUCAACCAUGAUAAUAAAGGAUGUGGCUAUGUUGUGUUAAGAUUUUAACCGUAUUGUUUUGUGUUUUUCAUAUUUAUACAUUUCUAGAUCUUUACAGGUAAUACAUGUUUGCAACUCUGUUUGAUGUUUGAAAAUAUGUUUGAUAUAUGAAUAAAAUAUUAAAAUGUA